AUGAUUUCCAACAACGACCUCUCAUCACCUCCCAAACAAUCAUCAUCAUCCUUACGAACACUCAUUACACCAAAUGUCAAAUCGACCACCACCAACACUUCAAAGUCAUCCUCCUCUUCGAUCGGAACACAUUCAGGAGGACUUGUUCAUUCACUAGGAAAAUUUGGAAUGGCCAUUCAACAUCAACAUUCAUUGAAUCAACGUUCGUUGUGUGUUGGUGAUUUGAUUUCAAUUUAUUAUCAAGGAGAUGAUGAAAAUAAUGAUAGUAACAACAACUCAUCAUCGGAUGACAUGUCUGAUGAAAUUGGUUUUAUGAGUGUGAAGGGAUUUACCUCUAACGCUCGAUGUGGUUUGGAGGACAUUUCCGAUGAAAAUUUACCUUCGAAUUUUAAAUCCUGUGUCUUUGUAGUUCAACAGGCCUACUCCUAUAAUGCACACAAAGAGUUUUAUCAAAAAAUUGAACAACUCAAUCUCAAAAUCAAAUCCAUGAAUCAAACCAAAACCUCCAAUACGGGAGCUUCUUCUUCAAAUGCGAAUUCGGCAAGUGCUACUGGAAACUCAUCUCCUUCUGGGAAUGUCACAAAUGUUGUGACAAGUAAUAAUUUAACAUCGGCCACGACUUCGACCAUUCCUUCAAGCAUUAAUCCUCCAAAUACUUCAUUAACGGGAAUUAUUAAGGGAGAUUUAAACACAAGUAGUACACAAUUAACACUUGGGCUUAAUGAGAGUGUUGUGGGUGGAGAUACUCAUCCAAAUCGUGUUUUAUCAAGCUCACAUGGUGCAAAUUUUGGUCAAGCAGCUUCUGUGAAAACUUUUAUUCGUUCUCAUCAAUUUCACUUUUUAGAUUUGACAGAGGAACAACGUGCUCAAAUUGAAGAUUUGGAACGAAAGAUGGAACGUGAAAAGCAACAAAAUAUGAUUGAAUCGGAUAGAAAUAUGGGAAGAGAGAUUUUAUAUGGUCAACCCAUUCAAUUAAUGCAUUUGAAAACAAAGAAAUAUUUAUGUGUAAAUCCAAGAGAAAAAGCUGAAAAGCAAAAAGAUUGUCUCAAGUUAACACUUGUUUCAGAAGAAUCCAUUAAUUCAACAGCACAUUUUGUAGUGCUUCCAUAUUACAAGUUUAGAUCUGAAGGAGAUGCAGUCAAGUUGAGUGAUCAAGUUCGAUUUUACAAUAGAAAAAGCAAUACUUUUCUUCAUUUAGGUCGAUACAAAUAUUCAGAAUUAUUACCUUCUCAUUUAUCUGCCAAUUCACAAAUGAGUUCAAUAUCUUCUCAAUUGACAGUCGAUGAGGAUUCACGAAAAGAAAUUCACAUGAUUCCUGGCACAUCAUUCACAUCAUCAUAUUCGAGAACAAAUUGGAGAAUUCGAUUAUUCUCUCCAUAUUUGGGAGUGAAUUCAAAUACUUUGAAAGCAGGUGAUGUGAUUCGAUUGUAUCACACUGAGUUGAGAGGUUUUCUCACAGUCAAUACUAAAACUGGACGUGUUGAAUGUAUUGGACAUUCAAAAUCUCACUCUCAUUCCUCAGGAAGUACCUUACAAGGUGAAAAACAUAACUUACCUUUCAAGUCAAAGAAAUCCAAUGAAGUGAAUGAAACUCCAAGUAUUGACAAAUAUUCGAGUCAAACCGAUACUCUGUGGGAAGUUGAAAUGUUGGAUCCAACUCGAGGUGGCGCCUUAAUGUGGUUCGGAAAAUAUCGAUUGAAACACAUUUCAACAGGAAAGUAUUUAUUUGCCACUAAUGAUUCGAGACUAUUUUUGCAAAGUGAUCAAGAUGAUUCUGGAUUACUAAUGGAAGAUUUAUCAUUGGAUGAGGACGAUGAUGAAUUUGGAGUUUCUGGUGCAUUCUUUUCCAAACUUUCUAAUCGUGUGAAAAAAUCCACAAAAACACCUGUUACAGAUUUUAGCAAAGAUCCUCGUCACGAUCCAUUUUCACGGGCUUCUGCUUACAACGAUAGCACUGCAUCACUUUCAUCUGCUGUCUCAACGCCCUCUGCAUCCUCAAGUCAUAACUCCACCGAUCAUUUAUGGAGAUUAUUGAAAAAGAAAUUACUGAGCUCUGUGAAAAAGGAACAAAUUGGAGUUUCUUUGCAUUUAGCUGUGAAAGAGGAUUUGGGUUCGGAAGAUACCACGUUUGUCAUUUUACCUCAUGAUGCCGCAUCAGCAUCGACUUCACAACACGAUCCAGCAAUUUCAACUCUUCAUAAUUAUCCAAUUCCAUUACAGAGCUAUUUCCGUCUCAAACAUGCACACACUCAAACAUGGGUUCAUGGUGUUCAUAGUGACAGUGGAGUGGGAUCAAGUUUGAUGCGAGCAGAUGAAACCGAUUCUGUGAAUGAUAAAAAGUCAACAAAGAUGGAACCUAUCAAAAAGAAAGUUAAAAAGAAUGGAUCCAAAAAUACCUAUCCACUCUAUUCUACCAAUGUAUUAUAUGAGCAAGAUGUCUUUUCUGUAUAUCGAGUCCCACAACAAGAAUUGGAAGAUUUACUAUUUGUACAAAGUAUCAUUCCAAUGAUUGAGAGUUUUACAAAGAAAGUACAAGCAAGAGUUAUCAAGAGACCUGAUGAUUUUAAAGUUCUCAUGCAAACAUUGUUACCAGCCAUUUCACAAUUGAUUUAUUUCUUGACAGAUUCUGAUGAAGAAGAUCCUUUGAAAAGAGAGGGUAUUCCUUUCAAAAAUAGACAAAAUAUUCUUAGAGAGCGUGGAAUUAUUGACAUGAUUAUGCAGUUGAUUGAGCAGUUGGUAGAUCAAGUUCCAGAAAUGGUUUCAUCAGGUGACACACUCUUGAAGGUUGUCUUUCAACAAAAUGAUAGUUCUUGGACAGAAUCUGAUUUGGCUUCCUAUCACUAUUUGAUUCGUAAUUUAUAUCGAGUGGUUAAGCAAUCGGUCAAGUUGAAUACUGAAAAUGGUUUAUACAUGGCCAAGUACAUUACUCAAAUUCAGCAACAUAUCAAAUUGGAUGUCGGAGCAAGUGUUGCCUUGAUCGAAAUUUUAACAAACAACUACAAUUUGCUUGUAAGAAUGCCAAAGGAGCAAAUCAAGUACUUUGUGACACUUCUUGUCGAUGAGGAAGAGAAUAUGUCCGAUGAAUCACUCUCAUCUCCAAGAAAAUUGUUGAGCCCUAGACUUCCAGGAAGUCCCUCCCCAAGAAAAUCAAACAAGCAACAAGAAGAAAUUAAUUUGGGAGAGAGCGAUACAAGUGCUGCAGAAGAACAAUAUGUGAGUGGAAAGAAUCGCAUUUACUUGUCUUUCUUGAGUGCUUUGUGUGCAUGUGGUAAUAGACCAAUCAAGAAUAAUCAAAAUUUCAUCACCAAGUUACUCUUUGAAGAUGAAUGUGUGAAUAAUGCUCUCAUGUUUCCAUAUUUUGCAGAUGAAAACACAAAAUCCAAGAUUUGUAUGAAGGUGAAUGGAGUGGAAUAUGAAUUGGCAGAAUUUGUCUCGAAAGCUCUCGUUCAAAUCAUGUCUGCUAAUAGUUCGACCAUGUUCGAUGUUCAGGACGACUUUGUAGUGUUGUUAUACUUUUUCCAGAAGCAAAUCGAAUUAUUUUCACUGUUGUGUUUGGGAAGAAACAAGCAAGCUAUUGAAUAUAUCGAAAAGAAAUUCACCUAUGAACUUGUUUUGGCAUGUAUCAAAGAUAAGAGAUUGACAUUUGAGUUGAGAUCGAGUUUCUGUACUCUCUUACUGAACUGUUUUUUGGAUGUCGAUCCCUAUGAAACAAAUCCAACAGUAUCACUGACAAGAAAGUGGACAGAAAUUGAAAAGAUGAAAAAGAAUCAGGAUGAAAAGAGACUCAAAGAGUUGAGAUCAUUUUUGACAGAUUUCUUUAAAGAAAAUUAUGAACUCGAUUGUGGAAAUGACAUUACCAGUAUUCAAAAGAAUAUUUUCAUGUAUAAUUUAACAUUCAUGACUCGAAAAAUGUUUGAAUUGGGCAUGUUUGAUUUGUCAAAUAUUUAUCCAACACACAGAGUAGUCGUCGAGUUGUUGAAAGUUUUGGAUUGUUCUUCUGACAAGUUGAACGGUAAAUCUGCUCUUGAUGCCAUCUAUGAAGAGAACGAACAGACGCUCAUUACCACUAAAAUCAAACAAGAAGUUUGCAAUAUUUUUGAUAUUAUCAAGUCACAACAAUUGAAUGUUCGUGUUGACUUUUUCUUGAUCAAUUUCAAGUACAGCUUUACGGUGAGCGAUAAGAGUGUGAGUGAAGACAAACGUCAAGACUUUGUGAAAAACUCACUUUUCAAAGAUUCUAUUUUCAAUGAUAGUGCUUCUACUGAAACAUUAACAAAGAUCUUGAUUGACUUGACAAAAUCUAAGAAUGCAGAAUUAGCUGUGAAAGCUCUCAACCUCUUAAUUCGUAUUCACAGAGAAAAGGAAGAGCUAAAAGAAUUGUUGCCAAAAAUAGAAUUACUUGUAUCUUCUACUGUGAUUCGCAGUUACGAUAAUAUUCUUGAAAUUCUUAAAGAAAUUAAGAAUGUGAUUGACUUGGCCCAAUUCACAUCAGGAAGUUCUCUAGAGGAUUAUUCCAAACUCAUUCAACAACAUUUCGAACGCAUUGAAGAGGAUUAUGAAAAGAAUGGUUCGCGUACUCAAAGAAUUUUGAGAAACUUGAGCGGUCAUGAAAUUGCCAUCGAAACUCUAACCAAAACCUUUUCUGAUAAUCGCUGUCAAGGACGAAUUCACAGAUCUUGCGUUCGGUUUUUAAUUAAUUUUGUGAAAAAGAAUAAUGAGAAUCAAGCCAUUCUGUUUCCAUACUUGGAAUUUUUCAUGACCAAAAUUGGACAAGAAUUGGGAGUUUCCACUCUUCUUUGUGAAAUUAUGAGAAACAAUAGAGGCUUGUGUAGCAUGAUUGAAGAGAAGCAUGUGAGAAGCAUGAUUGAUCUAAUGGCAGAGCAUGGCCUAAAACCUAGAUAUUUGAAUUUUUUGAAAAUCAUCCUAAACAAUACUGAAGGAAAUCCUAUUAAGAGAAAUCAAUCAAUGGUGACUCAAAAUUUAUUAGAUCGUAGAAAGGAUGUGAUUGUUCUCUUUAAUGACGAGGAAGGCAUCAAAGAAAGAGAUAAGAGAAUCAAAAAUUUAGAGCAUGAAAAUCAACCAGAUGGAAUUUUAUGUUAUCACAUUGAGUUGUUGUCACUUUUAGCAGAAUGUGGUGAUGGACGAAACCAUGUUGCAGAGGUGAAGCUUCAGUCAUUACUUUCUAUGGAGGAUAUUUUAAAACAAUUACUGAGCCCAAACACAAUUCCUGAAUUGAGAAAUCCUUUACUACGUUUUCUCGAUGAAGUUUACAUCAAUGCCGAUAAGGUUCAAGAUGAAAAACAAUUGUCAAGUAGCGCACCUAUUUUUCGCCUUAUUGCCAAAAUGACUCGAGAAUUGAGUUUAUUUGUCACUUCUCCAAAUUUGAAUCGAAGAAGUACUGAAAUUAUACUUGAUUCGAUUUCGACUCCAACUGAUCUUAGUGCACCUACUAAAUCCACGGGUAACGCUACCGUUCACAAUCGAGCAACCACAGAGUCACAAGAUUCAAAUCCUUUAGAACUUGCUAAAUCUUCCUUUGUUUUGAAAUGGAAGAAACCUCUUGAUGGCCAAGACGACUCUUCAUUGACAUCCUUUGAUAAGGAUGAGAAACUUUAUGUCGACUUGAAGUAUAUUUUCCAAUUAAUGAUUCCAUUCAUUCAUCACUAUUUCCACUUGAAAUUCCCUCCAAAUGACUUUUCAUGUGAACCUCAACAACUAGAAGUAAUCAAACAUCUUAUUGAAGGUUUAUUCAGUUUAUAUGAUUUUGUCACGGAGACAUCUCAAAAAGAGGCAGUCAUCAAGUGUUUGCAAGCCAUGUGUAAAGUCAGUAAGGGAGGAAAUCAAAACAAAUCUAUGCCUCAAGAAUUCACACAAGAAAUCUUCAAAUUCCUAAAAGAAGCAUCUAACUCGAAAGCAAAUCAAUUUAAGCAACACAUGAUGCAACAUCAAAGACUCAAACAAUUGAAUUCACAACAACAAUCCAAUAAUACCAACAAGAAGGAGGAUGAAGACGAAAGAUAUAUGAAAAAGUACAAAGCCUAUGUGUCUGAUUUUCUCAUUAUUCUUACACAAGAAUCGAAUUUUGCAAAUUUGGGAGUUUUACUGUAUGAAAAAUACAGAGGAUAUUUGGACAUGAUUGUCAAUGUCAUUCGUCGAAUUCCAGAGCUACAUUAUUUUAACGUGACAGCCAACAUGACAUCAUCUGAGAGUAACAAAUCACUCGUCAGUUUAGGACAACGGACAGGCAUGACCAAUGUCACACUCUACUCGCUCGAAAUGUUAAAACAAAUUAUGGACACUCAACAAAAAGGUGAUGAAAAAUUUUCUCCCGAACAACGUUUGAGAAAAUUGAACAAAUUCCAUCAUGAUCUUACCAAAGCAAAAAUUCCUGAACUCAUUAUUGAAAUGGUUUGCAUGGAUGAUCAUAAAAUUGUGAAAUCUGCAAUUGAACUUGGAAUUGCAAUGCUCUUCGAAGGAAACAAUAUUGUUCAGAGUUAUAUUUAUACCUUAUUCAAGAGAGGAGGCUCUGAGAAAUUCUUCCUUUCCAUUCGUGAUAGAAUUCGAUUAUCGAUUGAUGAAAUUAAGGAAAGAAAAGCUUAUCACAAGAGAUUGGAAGAGAAGAAACAAGAUUCUAAACAAGCAAGAGCCCUUAAAUUGAGAGCAAGAGGAGAUCCUGUGGCAUUGAAUGCUGCAGCGACACCUAUCUCAACACCUUCCACAGAUCGAAAUAAGAAUUCUUUGAUUGGAGGAGGCGGUAUUUUAGGUACUGAUGAUUCUUCAUCCGAAAAUAAUCAAAACGAUGGAGAUGAUACUCAAGAUGUAUUCGAAGAAAAGGGACACAUCGAAGAAAUUUUGCGUUUCCUUCAAUUAAUGACAGAAGGUCAUAAUGCUGACUUGCAACAUUAUUUGGCAGAUCAAAAGUACAAUCUGCAAAGUGUGAAUAUUGUUGAGGAAUGUUUGAAUUUUAUUGUUGCGCUCGAAAAGGACAUUACCAGUGAAAAUAUUGAAACAGCCAUUCAAUGUUUUGACUCUUUGACUGAAUUUGUUCAAGGACCUUGCUUAACCACUCAGCAAGUCAUUGGAAUGUCACCCAAAUUUUAUUUUGUGUGUAAUGAAAUUCUAUCCAAAGAUUAUCGAAAUGUAUUGACGUUAGACAAGACAUUGGAGUUGAAAAGUGCCAUGUUUAUUUGUUUGACUUCACUAUUGGAAGGAAGUAACAAUCACAAGAUUGCCAUGAUCAUGCGUGACUCUUUGAAUUUCAUCGAUAUCAUUGAGUUGGCUAAAAAGUGUUGUAUCAUUUCAUUUGCUCCAAACGACUUUUUAGAAGAAGGAAAAAAGGGUCUUCCUAAAUUAGACCUCAAUACUGGAGCAAGGGAAGAAAUGGCAUCACGUAUUCAAUCCGAAGUCACUCACGAUGGUUUUAGAGAUAAGGCACUCAAUAAGGAAAAAGCAAGAAGAAUUGCACUUGCCACCAAUCAACACGAAGAAAUUGCAUUCCAAAUUUACUUCCUUUUGAAUACUUUGUCUGAUUUUGAACGUAUUCAUAUUGAAGAUAUGUCCAAGUCACAACAAUUACCUGAACCCGGUCACCGAAAAGUUACACAAUUAUUAGAAUCUCCAGAAUAUGCAAGAUAUUUAGUUCCACUCGAAAAACAAACUGGACGAAUGGAAAUUGUGAGAAAUAACACUCUCGAAAAUGUCUAUUACCGAAUUCCAGAAGAGAGUCGAUUUUUGUCGGAUCGUUCAAAAAAGAAUUUCGUGAAUACGGUAAACUCGGAAGAAUACACAGCUCAGGAAAAGAUUCGAAACUUUUUCGAUGAAACUCAUACAUUCUAUACUGAAAUCGAUCACUACAAGCAGUUUGAAAGAACACCUGACAAGAAUGAAAAAGCUAGUACUUGGAAAAUCAUUCGAGGAUUUAUUUGGAGAUUUUUGAAAGAAGAAAAUUGGCAACGUAUCAAAAUGAUGAGUUUCCUCAUUGCCAUGGUUAUCAAUUUAAUUGUUUUAUUUGGAAUUAAGAAAAUGUAUUCAGUGACACCUGGCGACAUUCCACUUCCUGGUUAUAGUGAUCCAGACGAUGCUACUACUGGAGACUUUUAUUACGAAGGAGAUUGGAAAACCGAAUGGCUUGAUAUUGUUCAAACAAUAUUGGGUGUCAUUCAAAUUUUAACUACAACCCUUCUCUUUAUCACAUAUUUAUACUUUUUAGCCACCUUAGAAGUGAAGAAAAAAUUCAAAUUGAAAAUGGAAGAGAAAUGGGAAGAUUUGCCGAGAGACAAACAUUUUUACAAAUCCUACCUGAAAUAUUUGGCUCAAGAUUUUUAUAUUUGGUUUUUGGUGGUGUAUUGGGUAGUUUCUGUGUUGGGUCUCUUUUUGAAUCCCAUCAUUUAUUCGAUUCACUUGUUUGAAGUUGUGGUUCGUUUUGAGACACUUUACGAUAUUGUGAGAAGUAUUCAAACCACUGCAGAACGUUUUGUAUUGACAAGUUUACUCAUGAUUGUUGCAAUUUGGUUCUUUUCCUUAAUGAUUUUUGCAUUCGUUCCAGAAACUUUCUUUUUAGAUCCAAAUCCACCCACCACAACAGAACGACAAUUUUUGUGUGACUCUGCUGCUGAUUGCAUGUUAAACACACUCAACUAUGGUUUGAGAACAGGAGGAUUCUUCGAAGAUCAAUUUACACCAAGUUGGGGAGUUUGGGCAAGAGAAGUCAUUAACAUGCUCUUCAUUUUGGUGGUCAUUGUCGUUCUAUUCGAAGUCGUGUUCGGUAUUAUUUUGGACUCAUUUGCUGAACUCAGAGAAAAUCGAGAAAAAACUGAAGAUCGUGUGAAAAAUAAGUGUUUUAUUUGUGAUAUUGUGAGAUCGAGAUUUGAUCAAAAAGCAAACGAAGGAAUUACUUUCAAUAAUCACAUUAAGAAGGAACACAACAUGUGGAAUUAUUUAUUUUUCCUAAUUUAUUUGAAAACGAAACCAAAAACAGAAUAUACUGGAUCAGAACAAUAUGUGAGUAAUUGUUUGGAGAGACAAGAUAUUUCAUUCUAUCCAAUCUUGCGUUCCAUUACUUUGGAGAAUGUGGAAAACAAGUCAUCGAGAAUUCGAGAGGAUGCCAACAACAACAAUUCUCAUGCCGUCCACAUGACCCCAAGCACCUCCACUUCAUCACAGCUUAAGUAG